AUGCAUUCUAAACUUUCUCGUGUCUGCAAUGUAGAACCAGUCCUUGCAAUAGUCUCUGAGACGUGUUACCGCAUGUUGCCAUCGCCCACGAUCACACGAGGUCCACGCUCGCAGUCGCCUCCGAAAGGAUGUCUCGUCCAUGGAGAGGGCAAGAUCUCGCUACGCGUAGAUCAGCCGGUAGAAGGCUGCAAAAUGAUGACGCACGCUUUCUUCCGUUCUGGAGAUGGUGACAUUGAUGAUAACGAUGUGGACAUGCAGUUUCACUGGUACAGGUCCUCAAUGCAUCGGGCAUGUGCCAACAGCGAGUGCACGCGACAUACGAGCGAUGGCGCUGGCAAUGUGCUGUUGCUUGUGGCCAAGAUUGAGUGUGUGCAGUGCUGUAGGCUGGGUAUCACGCGGGAACACUCGUGUUUUUGCAGUUCGGACUGCUUUCGCUUGGCCUGGCAUAAGCAUAAGCAGUUGCAUGAUACGCAGGCGCUUAUGGAGGCUCGCUUAAGGGACGGAGACGACCUCCCGUGGAAAUCACAGCUUCAUAAUAUGGAGAUAUUUUGUCCGCUGCCGAAGGAAUCGUGGCUCAAGGUGCAGGAAGAAAAUCGGUCCUACACGCCUUCCGCUGAGGACGUGGGUCGCGUGAUUCGAGUAGAGUGCAAGGCCACGAAGCGUAUCGGUGGCGGCGUGCUGACCAAGACAGUUGACACUGGGAUCGUGCUGCCGUUUCCACCCAUGCCACCAAGGCGGCAGAUGCUGGCGAACGUGAAUGAAGAACGGUUAACGCCACGGAUGCGGCAGAUUGGCGUCUUCCGUGUACUCACGUACAACGUCCUGGCCGAGAUAUAUGCUACGCGACAGAUGUAUCCCUACUGCCCCAUCUGGGCUUUGAGCUGGUCAUUUCGGAGGGAAUUGCUGAGGCGCGAGCUUCAAUUAUACAAUGCCGACAUAAUUUGUCUGCAGGAGGUACAGGGCGACCACUACAAGAGUUUCUUUGCUCCGAUGAUGAGCGAGUGGGGAUAUGAAGGCUGGUACCUGAAGAAAUCGCGUGAGUCGAUGGGACUGGAGGGCAAGGUGGAUGGAUGUGCUCUGUUCUACAAGCGGAACCGAUUCAUUCUAAAGGAACGGUACCCGGUCGAGUUCAACACACUGGCGAAUGACUUCCUGAACCAGGUGCAAAAUGAAUACGAUCUAGACUACCAAGGCCCUUCGAUGGCUGCAAGGGAGAUGUUUCUGUCUUUGCUCAACAAAAUGCGGCAACGACUUCAGCGCGACAACGUGGCGCAGAUUGCAGUGUUAGAGGUAGUUCCCUCCAACAACGAAACAGUUUCACGGAAAUCGCAGUCCGGACCGUUGCUUUGUAUUGCAAACGUGCAUAUUUUCUCCAAUCCCAAGUUUCCCGACGUUAAGAUGUGGCAGACAAAUAUGCUUGCAAAGCAGCUUGAGCGAGUGACGUUGAGCAGGAACGUGCCGACGAUACUUUGUGGAGAUUUCAAUAGCGAGCCUACGAGCGCUGUGUACGAUUUCAUGACGCGCAACCAUGUUCCGUUCGAUCACCCGGAUAUCCAGUACCCACCACCUCAAUUUGCAAACAUUUACGCGUCGCUUGACCUGGAACACAGCAUUGGUUUUGCCAGUGCCUAUGCUUCAGUGUUCGGUGCGGAACCGGAAUACACAAACUAUACAGGUCGCUGGACGGGUGUAGUGGACUAUGUAUGGUAUACACCGGAGACGCUGACGCCGUUUGCCGGACUAAAGGUGCAUUCGCCUAAAGUGCUCAAGGCAUAUUCGAAGACUGCGCUGCCCAACUGUCAGUUCCUGUCGGACCACGUUCCUCUGUGUCUAGACUUCAGCAUUAAGGCGGGAGCCAAUAACAAUGGAAGAUACUGA